AUGGCCUUCACACCAAUACUACCACCAAGUGCAAAGCGACCUCGAUCAGAAGCAGCACGAAGCAGCGGCCUCCUCAACGCACUCUCCGACAUCUAUCCACUCACAACCUGGCUGCUCGUCGGCGGCUCCCUCCAAGCACUCCUCUCAUUGAUCACCAACAGCUGGUACACCGCCGUCCCAGUCCUCACACUCCUGGUCCUCAAAUUCCUCGACACACUCGCCAUCCACUUCAACCUCAAGAAGAAUCCCUACCUCCAAGCCGCCAUCCUCCACCGCACCGCCCCCGUCAUCCCGGACAGCGACGGCACGAUCUCAACCGAAGCCGCCGACGAGAAGAUCGUAGUCUUCAUCCUCGGCUUCAAAGUAAACCACCCAUCCGGCCUCUUCGCACCCUAUCUCAAGGAUAUUGGCGACGCCAACAGCGCGAUGUGGAAAGAACUCGGCCGGACCGCUCCAGACUCGGGCUAUCUCGGUAGCUCAUCCUGGUCCUCCCGCGAUGCCCGCGGUGGUGUUCACCUGAUGACAUUGUCGUACUUCCGCUCAACCGACGACCUGCACCGCUUCGCGUACGGGCCAACUCACCGCGCGAUCUGGGAUAAGUGGAACAAAUGGAAUAAGGCUGGAAAGGUGGAUCAUCUGGGAAUCAACCAUGAGAUCUUCGAGGUGGAGAAGCACAAGUGGGAAGCAGUGUACUUGAACUUCCAGCCAACUCAGCUGGGUGCAACGAGCUUUCUGAGGAAGGGAGACAAGAUGGUUGGUGGCGUUGUGGACGACCAGUGGGUCGGCAGCUUGAUGGAUGCUAGCAAGGGGAAGCUGAGGACGAGUGCAGGGAGAUUGGGACGGGAUCCGAAUGCGUUGGAGAGUGUGUAUGGUGCAGACGCACAGGGAUACUGA